AUGACAUCAACAUUUAGUACAAUAAAACCUCAUCUGUCACCAACUCAUUUAGCACUAACAUCUCCACCAAUAUUACCUGUAAAACAUUGGUCACAAACUUCUCAAGAAACGAUAUUAAUCUCAAAUGAUAAUAAUCAUUCAAUUCAACUGCCUUUAGCAGGCGGUGCUGACAAUGGACAACUUGUUUAUUUUAUUGAACCUAUAUCUUUAUUAAAAAAUAAAACAUCAACAACAAUAUUAAAAGGUGGUAAAAUUGAUUUCGAUGAAAUUAUUCUUAAAAUCGACCAGCACAAAAUUGCUGGUUAUACAUUAGCCGAUGUUCAAUUACUUAUUGAAACACUUUCAAUAAAUGGAAAACAAAUUAAAUUGAAAACUGUUAGAUCGGGCUUAACCAAGGAUCUUCGUCAAUUUCUUGAUGGGCGCUUUGAAAAGAAUUCAAUUGAUCAUGAUCUUCAACAAACAAUCCGUGAUAAUCUUUACAUGACAACAGUACCCUGCACCACACGUCCACAACGACCAGGCGAAAUUAAUGGACAAGAUUAUACAUUUUUAAGCGUAAAAGAUUUUCAUGCAUUAGAAAAAAGUGGCAAACUACUUGAAAGUGGAGUGUACAAAGGUCAUUAUUAUGGUACUCCACGUCCACCAAAAGGAGCAGUUAUGACUAAUACUAAUCUUGUACGACGAAGUAAUUCAGCUAACGGAAUGUUUCAACAUAAUGAUCCAGAAUUUUUCAAUAGUUCAAAUGAAAAUGCAUAUCAAAAUUUGUCAGGAGAAUUAAUUAAAUGUUCAUUGAAAAAAAGUCAACAAGGUUUUGGUUUCACAAUUAUUGAUGGUAAUGAAAACAAUGAACAAUUUCUUCAAGUCAAUGAUAUUCUACCUGAUGGACCAGCAGCACAAAGUGGAAAACUUCAACGAGGUGAUAUUCUCGUUUAUAUCAAUGAUGCAUAUGUUUUGGGUUAUAGUCAUACAGAUCUUGCUAAAAUAUUUAAAUCAUUAUCAGUAGGUGAUACAAUUGAUUUAACUGUGUGCCGUGGUUAUCCACUGACGGUAAAUUUGAAUGAUCCACAAAUUGAUCUUGUUUCACUGAAUGGUGUUCAUCAUUUACCCAAUGGUGGUUACAGAGAAUAUCAACCAGAAAAUCAUUCAAAUAUAUAUACAAUUAAACUCCAAAAAGGUAAUCAAGGUUUUGGUUUUACGAUUGCUGAUAGUCCCGUUGGACAACGAGUUAAAUCAAUUGUUGAUAAACAACGCUGUCAAAAUUUAUGUGAAAGCGAUUUACUAUUAUCAAUUAAUGAACAAGAUCUAUCUGGUAAACUACAUGCCGCCAUUGUUGAUAUACUUAAUAAGUGUCCAAAAGAUAUGGAAACCACGUUUGUUGUUCGCAGAGGUGAUCCCGAUCUUAAUCAUAAUCCAUUGAUCGUCAAUGCUCAUGAUCAUGUAGAUAAAAAUGUUCAGGAGAAUGAUGAAAUUGAUCUUCGUUAUCAUCCACAAAAAACAAAUGAAAAACCUCGUAGUAAAACUCCGACGCCAUUCGGUUCUGCAUCUAUAGCUGAUACACUUCCACUUCGUUCUCGAACACCUAUACCAGGCAAAACAACAAAUAAUAAUAUAAAUUUUUCUACUUCAAAUACUACUGAAAGACAAGCGCCCAUAGCUCAAACAGAAUUUUCCUCUGAUCCAAUGUAUACAUUUGAGCAACAAAGACCUUUCUCAAGUAAUGUACGCAAUACACGACCAAUGAAUGCACCAACAUUACGUAGUAAAACUCCGGGACCUGAAUUUGGUGCAGCAACAACAUCACCAUCCUAUCGUGCAAAUACAAUGAAACCGAGAAGUAAAACUCCAACAGCUUAUGAAUUUUCUCCAAGUACUUUACAUAAUAGUCGAUCAUUGCAAUCUGUUCAUCAACAAUAUUGCGAAAUAGUUGUUGAUCUAACUAUUUUACGUCCAACUGAUGGCUUUGGUUUACGUAUAAUAGGUGGUGAAGAAGAGAAAUCUCAAGUAACUAUUGGUCAUAUUGUUCCUAAUUCGCCAGCAGAAAUGGAUGGUCGUCUUUAUAUUGGUGAUGAAAUAGUCAAAAUCGAUAGUCAUUCUACAAUACGUGCUUCACAUGAAAAGGUUGUCCAACUCAUGCAACGCGCAAAAGAAAAACGACAUGUUUGUUUAAUCGUACGUCGUUAUACACAACUGCAUAAUAGAAACAAUUCUUAUCGUCAACCAAAACUUGAUUCACAUUCUAUAUAUCGUGAAAAUUCUCAAAGGAAAUCGCCGAUAAACAAUGAAAUACGUCAUGUAACAUUACAAAAAACAAAUGAAAAUGAAAGUUUUGGCUUUGUUAUUAUUUCAUCACAGAAUAAAAUUGGGAGCCUUGUUGCAGAAAUUAAAUUUUUACAUGGUAAAAUAAUUCGAAAUAGUCCUGCCGAUCAAUGCGGUCAACUUCACGUGAACGAUCAUAUAUUAGCUGUAAAUGGUGUUGAUCUAUCUUAUAUGCUUCAUACAGAUGUAGUUAAUUUAAUCAAACAAUCAGGCCGCACUAUAACACUUACAAUUGGAUCACCUAUUCAUUAUGAUGAUCCAGUUGCCGAAAUGCAAAACUCAUCAAAUGGUAUUCGACCAUCGUUAUCGUCAUCACCCAUGAUUGUUCCUAAUCAAAGUCAUCAAGCACUAAGAAAUGCAGUUUCAUAUAAUCCACUCAGCAUGCCUGAAAAAAAUCAAACUCGACCUCCAUCAAAAUUAAAUGGCAUAUUAAAAUCUCCGUCAAUAUCUGAGGAUUAUUUUCUUGUUAAUCUUCAACGAACACAUGCAAAUUCAAGUUUUGGCUUUAGUAUUCGUGGUGGUCGAGAAUUUUCGCUUCCAUUAUUUAUAUUAAAAUUAGCUGCGAAUGGUUUAGCAGAAAACGAUGGCUGCAUGACAGCGGGUGAUCAAAUCAUUGAAAUAAAUGGCCGAUCAGCCUAUGGAAUGACACAUGUUGAAGCAAUCUCAUUAAUUCGAGACGGAGGUUUUAAUGUACGUUUAUUAUUACGAAAAACAAAUGAACCACCACCAAGUCUCGAUGACGUUAAAGCAGCAAUGGGACAUGGAAUGGAAUUUGUAAAUGCUAACUGGAAACCAAGUGGUUAUGCAUAA